UGAAUGUAAGAAAGACGAAGACGAAGGCGAAGAAGAAGAAGAACCUCCCUCGUCUUCCUUCCUUCCCUUCCUUCAUUCCUUCAUAAUCAAAUUCCUCUCUCUCUCUCUCUCUCUCUCUCUCUCUCAUGGCGAUUGCAACAGAGCAACCUCAACAACAACAUCAACAACAGGCUUCUUCGGAGGUUUCAGCUGGGGAGCAAAAGAGGUGGACACUUAACGAUUUCGACAUUGGGAAACCGCUUGGAAGGGGGAAAUUCGGCCAUGUCUAUUUGGCCAGGGAAAAGAGAAGUAAUCAUAUUGUUGCUUUGAAAGUACUCUUUAAGAGCCAGUUGCAACAGUCCCAAGUUGAGCAUCAGCUUCGGCGAGAAGUGGAGAUUCAGAGUCAUCUCAGACAUCCUCACAUCUUACGCCUUUACGGCUACUUUUAUGAUCAGAAACGAGUUUACUUGAUUUUGGAGUAUGCACCUAAAGGUGAACUAUACAAAGAAUUGCAGAAAUGCAAAUAUUUCAGUGAAAGACGUGCAGCUACUUAUGUUGCAUCAUUGGCCCGAGCCCUGAUAUAUUGCCAUGGAAAGCAUGUAAUACAUAGGGAUAUUAAACCAGAGAACCUCCUUAUGGGAGCUCAGGGUGAACUGAAGAUAGCAGAUUUUGGGUGGUCAGUGCACACCUUCAACCGAAGGCGAACCAUGUGUGGCACACUGGAUUACCUUCCACCUGAGAUGGUGGAGAGUAUAGAACAUGAUGCUAGCGUGGAUAUAUGGAGUCUUGGUGUCCUGUGCUAUGAGUUUCUAUAUGGAGUCCCCCCUUUUGAGGCUAAAGAACAUUCUGAUACUUAUAGGAGAAUUGUACAAGUGGAUCUCAAGUUCCCCCCAAAACCCAUUGUGUCUUCUGCUGCAAAGGACCUCAUCAGUCAGAUGCUGGUCAAGGACUCUUCUCAACGUCUACCUUUACACAAACUUCUUGAACACCCUUGGAUUGUUCAGAAUGCGGAGCCCUCUGGUGUAUAUAGAGGCUAAAAAAAACCCUAUCAAAUUCUUUGUAAUUUUAGCAGUCAUUCUUUGAUUGAGAGAUCUAAAUGGCAUACCUUCUUGACUAUUGCCUGUUACUUCCUAUGAUUUAAAAUAAAUGUUUUGUAAUCAAAAGCAAGGUUGUUUAAAGGUGGUCAUAUAUUCCCCCAAAACCCUAUCAAGAUUUCUAAUUUUUCGUUUUUA